UUUACCAUAGAAUUGCAUCAUCUGCACAUAGAUGUUUUCAAUCGGACUCUAGUAAAAUCGGUCACUUACCAUCUUCAUGGUACGAAAAUAAUCUAUGUCGAUUUUACAUUAUCCAGAAACCUUUAUGAUUUCGGCCUUAAAGCAUCUGUGGAUAUGAUUAGGAAAGACAAUCGAAACAUGAAUGUUUUCAAAGUGGACACCCGUGGUUGUGAUGCCCUGAAGAGUUCCCACGAUAAAAUGAAUUUGCUAAAGGUUAUAUUUCGAGAAAUAUUCCGUGUCAGCAAUAUACCUAGGAAAUGUCCAAUUCUUGCGAACAAGAAGUACUUUAUAAACAAUUACACCGUAAAUGAUGAUGACUUUCCACCGAUAUUUCCUAGUCUUGAAUUCCGAAUAAAAAUUGAUAUUAUUGUUGAUAAAGAUGCGAUAGCUACAGCGGUUAUAAAAGGACGUAUUCGUAAAUAGUGAAAU